AAGAUGAUUUCUAAUUUAUAUUAACCAGUGACUGUGCUGCAUUGUCUCCAGCUUUUUACAUGUAUACAUUCACAUACAUCAAUCAGCCACAACAUUAUGACCAUUGAAAGGCGAGGUAAAUAACGUUCACCAUUUUGAGACUGUUCAGUGUUCUGCUGGGAAACUUUCAGACCUGGCAUUCGUUCAUGUGGAUGUUGCUUAGACAUGUAGCACACACCUAGACCAGAACCAGGUACCCCCAUCCCCAGCAGGAUGCAGCCUGACACAGACACACACACACAGUAAAACGAUUUAGGAAAUACUUAAAAAACAAAAAAAAAAAAAAAACAGCACAUGGUUUUUGACCUGGCCUUCAAAUUCACUAGAUCCCAAACUGAUCAACCCAUAAACCCAAACGCCUUGAAAUAAUUUGAAAUAACCACAUUAGAAAUAAUUUACAACAUUGUAUGUAUUUUAUGAAUUUAAAAAAACAGCUGUGCACACCCGUUUUUUUCAGUGCGUAAUUAAAGUAAAGUAAGCCAUAUUUCUACAUUUUAUAUUAUAAGAAAGUGUCUGUAUGGAGAAAGAAAAAUAAAAAAAAAAAAUAAAGGAUAACGUGUCGGGUAAUUGACGCAAAAUUAAAAAUCUAAUGGCAAUACCGUUGACGCCUCCUGCGCAUGUGUAAUAAAGUUUCUCGUUAAAAUAAAGCUGUGUUGUCAAUGUAGUUGUAUCUGUAAACACUCGGUUUAUUGUAUCUAGUGUGUAGAUAAACGGUUCAGAUGAAAAACAUAUAAUUAAUAUAACCAAGGCGUAGAGAGGGGGGUGAAUUUAGUCAAAAUCCUUGGAACUACAUUUCCCAGUUUUCUCUCAGCCGUCCUGUGAUACGACGUGUCGUAAAAACACAAAUUCAGUUAACAACAGCAGAAGGAGAUGAACACCACCACCGAAGACGUCUGACAGUUGCUUUUUUUUUUAUUAUUAUUAUUAUCCCUAAUCGAAAUGUUUAUUUAGCGACCGAUUGUUAAAAUGGAGGCGAUGGAAGAUGACAGCUUGGACGUAAAGGACGACCAUAAUCACAACUAUUGUGCGAGCGGCAGCGGGAAGGUCCGCACGUAUCUUAGCAGCCAACUCUCGGAUGUAACGACGGUCCCGCAGCCCGUUUGUCCUGCGGUGCCGGGCGGAGAACCGGGCACUCGACAGGGGAAACCACGGCCCGGUGGCACCGGCCGGUCAAAGUUCAUGGACUCGGACACGGGCAGCGAGAGCAGCGAAGUGAGCGAGACCGACUUCACGGCUCCACCAGCCGCUGUCGAAGGAAAAUUCACCCUCGAUUCUACUUCCAAGUUCCUUCUGAAUGCAAUGGCAGUAGAAGACUACCGGAAAAACCACUGGCCCAACCUGGAGAAAGCAAUUGACCGCCUGCUGAUUCAGAAUCCCACAGAUCACAUCUCCGUUUCUUAUGCACAGAUAUACAGUUACAUCUACAAGUGUGUUUGCCAGCAGCACUCUGAGCUGCUCUACAAUGAUCUGACAUCAAAAAUAACGAGUCACCUGCAGCAGGUUUCCACACAGCUACAAGCCAGUCCACCUGAGAACCUUAUCGAGAACUUCAACGUUGCACUGACACAAUACACAGCCUCUCUUCAAUGCAUAGUUCCUGUAUUCAUAUACUUGAACAAGUUCUACAUCGAGUCAAAGCUCAACAGAGAUUUAAGAGAGGAUCUGAUGAAGCUGUUCGCCGAUCACGUUGCAGAAAAACAUGUGAACACACUGAUGCCUCUCCUCAUUGAAGCUCAUUCCAUGCCAUUUCAAGUGCAGCCAUCAACAAUGGCCAGCGUGGUCAAGGGCCUCCACAGCCUCCGGCCAGAGUGGGCCCAGCUAGCACCAGCUGUCUUCUCCGGCUUCAUUCCCCAAAUCAACCCUCCCGCCGUGGAGUCUCUGCUGUCGGACUACGCCGCUCACGACCAGAAGCUACAGAUGGAGCUCUCCAUGAACGGGUUUCCACGGGGCGACCAGUCUCGCAAACGAGCCAGCGACGAUUCCUGAUGGCAGGACCUACAAAUCGCCCCGCGAAUCUUAUCAAGCAGAACUGUUACUGUGCCUCCUACAUCUUUAUCACGAGUUCUCUCACCGGACUAGGUACAACGUUAACAAUGUGUCAGUUUCCUCUCUUUCUCGACUCGAGGUCAGAAAACACUGUGAACAACUAAGAGAACGUGAGCAAAAAGCUUAAUCCUACUGCACUAAAAAAAAAAAACAAAAAAAAAAAGCACACAGACUAAUGCAUCCAGCUUCAGUAACGGCUGAGAUGGAUUUCUUCGUGUUCUGAUCACUUGAAGAGUGCCUUCAUGGGGUUGUGUUCGAUUGGAUAACUUGACGAGGGGUAGGCAGUGUGUUUCAUUCCUAACCUUUUAACAUGGAUGUGUCAUUUUUGAUAGGCUGGUCUAGCCAAGACUUUCUAUUGCUGCUAAUAAUACUGUCCACGUGUUAAUACCACAUAUCCCUUUGUUUGUUUGUUUGUUUGUUUUCCUUCACGUACUGUGUGUAACACCCGCAGUUACAGUCAACACAAAACAAGUGUGAAAAAACCAGUGGGAACUUAAGUCAUCAACCUCAGCUUAUGAUUCUCUUCUUCGUGAUGCCUUGACUGUGUCGCUAAACCAGAUUGUAUUUUUCCAGUUAUGCCAAAGAGGAUUCGCGGUUCUUUUCUUCCUUCACACGCAACCCAUCGGAUUCAAGCUGACAUUGUUAAUUUUGUAUGCUGUCCAACUCACUGAGCCAUUUAAGUUUUUAUACUAACAAGUUUUGAGCCUGUGUUUACCCUUGUGUUCAUUAGUCUUGAGUCAAAUACUACCUUUAAAUAUGACCUUUUUAGCCUUGUGUGUAGGAAUUAGCAGAGAUUACCGUACAGGAAAUCACACCCGAGUGCCAGAAAGUUGAGGCGACCACAGAAACAGUAUUGUAGGAUUUUUUCCCCGAUUUUCACGACUUGCCUCAAUCGCCACUUGACUGUCGACACGUCAACUAGAUCACUUGUGCAUUUAUUGCUCCUAACAUGUAUGCCCUGCUCUUGAUGUAAAUAGUUUGCGUAACCGUCUGUGCACACUAGCUUUUGUCACAGGUGCAUUUUUAUUACAUGAAUCACUCGGAUAGAAGUAUCGGACGAGAAGGCCUUACGCUGUUUUAAGUGUAAUUAGACAUUCAGUCCUGCUUUCUUUCUCCUUUUUUUUUUUUUUUCUUGUGUGGUUCUCAUCGUCUUUCAGAUAUACUAAUUUUUAUUAAUCAUGAGACACGAGACACAGACAGGAUUCCGUUUUUUCGUUGAUCAAGAUUUUAAAACGACGUCAAUAAGAAGGCAUUAUAAUAAACCCGAUGAAGUAAAGGAAAAUCUGAAUCAUUGCUGAUGCCAAACACUGGAUGUACUAUCUCUUUAACUUGCUGCAAAAAAUAUCCCUGUUAAAACUGUGAAUAAAAUUCCACUUGGCUUAAAAGCUGUUUCAGAAA